UUUUUUUCUGGCAAAGGCUAGAGAUCUUCGUAAAUUGUAGUGUUUUUAAAUAUAGGUAUAUAAGAAUUUACCAAAAUGAAAUUGAUUUUCGCAGUCGUACUAGCAACAUUCUUGACAGAGGCCGCAAUGAGUGCGUCGAUUCUACACAAGGAAAUCGAAAUAGGCCACAACGGUGUACACUACAAAGUAGUUGUAGAUGCCGAAAAGCAACAUGGUACUGUUCACAACUUAUCUGGACUAGAAAACGGUACAGAGGAACCGGAACAUCAGGAAGAACCGGGUAAAAUUGGUAUCCAUUAUGAAUUGCCUGAGAUUGAACAUUUGCACCACCACGAUGAAGAAGACAAACAUCACGGAGUAGUUAUCCACAUUGACCUGAACGGCGCUCAUAGUUCCGAGGAGGAGGAACACCACAACGAACAUCACGAUGAAGAGCAUCGCGACGCUCAGAAGCACUACGAAGUACAUCAUGUAUUAGUACACCCGCAUCAUGACGCAGCCCAAUAUCACUACGAUACAGAAAAUCAUGAUUUGAUACAUCACUUACACCCAGAAUUAGGCCUCCACGAUUUUGAACAUGAGAAAUUGAAUCCUUAUAACUCAAAACAUCACCAAAUAAUUAGUUACGAAGAUUUAGGGCAUCUGUUAACACAGCACGACUCGAGGGAAAAUGAAUUAGAAUAUAAUAGAGUAGAUGUCCCUCAUCGUCAUGUGAUAGGUCCUCAAGCAUGGGGAAAACACCAUGGACAGAAACAACACUAUGUAGUCGGCCAUCAAAAUGGAAACCUUUGGCAAUUAUUUCCUUCGAAAGUUGUGAACCCCGUUUCAAUUCACAGUGGAAUUCCUCAUUAUACACACGUAGGAUUAGAAAAUGUAUAUGAUCAAGGUCACAUCAAUGAAGAACCCUUUGUUGAACUUCACGCAUUGCAUCAUCAUGUCGACAUUCACCAUUAGGGGUUAAGGGACAAGGAAAUAUAUACAUGCAUAAAAAUUACGCUUGAAUGUUUGAAGUAAUAAUAUGUAGUUACUAAUAAUACUAAUAAAGCAUUAUUCCAAAUA